GCCGCAUAUCGCGCGCUUGCGUGCGUCAGAGAGGACGUGGUAGGACAGCUGGAGCGCGCGCGCCGCCCGCACCAAGAGCAAUAACAGCAUUUUCAGCCACAUCGCUCGAUUUACGCCAUGCAAAUAACACGAGAAAAUGAAACGGGACUGGUACGACAGAGAAUGUAAGACAUUUGUCGUGUAUCUGAUCUCCUAAUGCUUCCUAUAGUUUAUGACUAACAAGAUUUGGGACGUUGCUACACAGUCGCCAGAUCUCAGGGAAUAAUUGAGUCUUAACCGCCACAUACCCCAACAAACCCAAGCAGCAUGCCAGAGCAGAGUAACGAUUACCGGGUGGUGGUGUUUGGAGCAGGGGGAGUGGGCAAGAGCUCCUUGGUUCUGCGCUUCGUUAAAGGCACCUUCAGGGACACCUACAUCCCGACGGUGGAGGACACAUACCGGCAGGUCAUCAGCUGCGACAAGAGCGUAUGCACUCUGGAGAUCACCGACACCACUGGCAGCCACCAGUUCCCUGCUAUGCAGCGUCUGUCCAUCUCCAAAGGCCACGCCUUCAUCCUGGUCUACUCCAUCACAAGCAGGCAGUCGCUGGAGGAGCUGAAGCCCAUCUACCAGCAAGUGCUGGCCAUCAAAGGUAACGUGGAGAACAUCCCCAUCAUGCUUGUGGGCAACAAGAGCGAUGAGACCCAGCGCGAGGUGGAGACCAAGGAGGGCGAAGCUCAGGCAAACAUCUGGAAAUGCGCGUUCAUGGAAACAUCAGCCAAGACCAACACCAACGUGAAGGAGCUUUUUCAGGAGCUCCUGAAUCUGGAUAAGAAGCGCGAUAUGAGUCUGAACAUGCGCUCCAGCAAGCAGAGACGUGCAGACAAGCUGAAGGCCAAGUGCAGUGUGAUGUAGGAGGCUGGAUGCAUCCAUCACUCAACCUGUAACUGACUCCUCCAAAUGUACAUAAGUCCCUCACCUUAAAGGAACAGUACGCACAAAAAAUGAAACUUCUGUCAUCGUUUACUUAUUGUCCUGCCAUUUUAACCCAUAUGACUUUAUUGUUUCCAGGGAACACAAAGAGAAGUUUUAAAACAAUUGUACUGGCCGCACUUGUCCAUGCAACCAAAAUCCUUUUGGAAAGUUGUCCAUAUUACUUGUGAGAUAUAUUCCAAGUCUUAUGAGGGAGAAUUUUAGAAUCCGGAUUCAUUCAGACCAAUGUUAUGAACUGAAUCAACUGAUUCUUUGAGAAGACUUACAUUAACAUGCCAAACCGACCCAGGGUGAAUGUAAAGCUGUAAAUGUCAGCAAUUUUCCCACUCAGAUCUGUAAAUCUUGGAAAAGAGCACUCUUCAUAUGGACCUUUUUGAUUUUUAUAGUUCUUCUUUUUGUGUGAAGUAAGCAACACGAGAGUGAGCAAACGAUGACAGAACUUUCUUUUUGGGCGAACUCUCCCUUUAACUCUCCAUCCUUCUCAGUCUUAAUCAGGUAAUCUUUAGUGCGCAUCCAAACGUCAACCAUCUCCCUUCCCCUGUAUGUUCUGGCUCCUGUAGUGACUCUGUGUAGUAGACUAUAAGAGCUGACACACGAAGCAGGGAGGACGUCCCACGAUUCUCACACGUGCUCUCUCUGCUGCUUUCUGUUGACUUUUUAUUGAAUUCAAGACAGACCAAAUCAUCAAUGUGGCCAUUUUUAUGUCAGGCUGUGUCUUUAACGGAAAGGUUUGGAAAUGCAGACAUAAAUGUCUUGAACUGGUUCUGCAUGGUAUGGGAUUCUCACCCACAUGAGGAAAAGGCCUGGGCACAGCUGAAGAGGCGACACUAUCCGCUCUUCCAAAUUACAUAUACUAUAGCAGCACAAAAGAAGCCUGUUAGAAAUCGGAAAACAAUUCGGGACGAAGGACAUUCUUAGUUAACCGGCUUGCCAGUGAUGUAACCUGGUAUAACAGAGUAAAGUGCAUAAUGCAUGUCUGAUGAUAUAAACUACCUUCAUAUUAAAUGUGAUUGAGAUCUUUUCAUCGAGAACAGAGCUAUACCUUAUUGAAGCACAGUGAAUAAGUCCUAAAUGUGAUCAUUUCUAAAAGCUAUUUUUUUUUGUGAUGGGGUGGGGUUCGGGGUGUCGAUUGAUGUUUUAUUUUACUCUGUUUUGUUUUUCAAGUGUUGAUGGCACUCGAAAACCUUAAUAUAUGCAUUUCAUCAUCUAACUAAAAACAUAUAUCCUGUAUGUGAAAUCUAUGUAUUAUGAGCACUAAUGAAAACCCCUGUACAGCCCCUGUUUUUCUGUCAGUGUCUAUAUUUCCUCAGAUUAUUUAAUGCCAUUUGCUUUAGCAAUACAUGAUAUUAAAGCACUUUUAGAAUCUUGAGCACAUUCAAAACACAGAGCGUUAACCUUUACAAAAAUGUUCUUGUCGAACACUCUGCGUUUACAACUUUACUGCAGAUAAAGUGUUUAUUCAAUAAAUAUUAUGUGAGGGACCAGAAAAAUAAAGAAGCACAAACAAAAGGUAAAUAAUUAUUGCUUGUUUUCUUUUGUGGUUCUGAACAUCUGUAUGUAGUAUAAAGUGGCUCCAAAAGUAUGCAUAUCUGAAUUUCAUUGCAUUUAGAUACAACAUAUUAAACCAAGUGGCAUCCUAAAACAAAUCAUGUUUGAGCUUUUCUCAGAGCUAAAGUCACUUUUAUUAGCCAUUUAUGAGCCAACAGGACUCUGUGUGACUUUUAUGUGAUGUAUAAAGUCAGUUUAUUACAUAGAACAGUAUCAGUUGAUUUAUCAUUUACACUUCUUUUUGUGAUGUUUUCCUUGGGGGAAAAAGCCACUUGCUUUGAUAUGUAUUUCUUUAAAACAAAAGAUAUUACUACAUUUUUAAGUAUAACUUAAAUGUCAGAUACUUUCUGGGGCCAAUGUAGAUAAGGUAGCAGAUACUUACCACAAAAAAAAAAAAAAAAAAAUGAUUUGAUAUCAGUGAUGUGAACUUUCUGCCCUUAUUUUGUUACCGCAGUAGUCAUGAUGGAUGAUAAUGAUGGAUACCGAGGGGAAUGAGUUUACCUGAAGAUGCAGAAAGAGCAUCUGGUGGAACAUCUGCUUAGUCAGUCGUGGUGCAUCUCUGAAGAUUCGACUGAAAGCGAAGCAUUAAUUAGCAGAUGAAAUAAAAAACAUAGAUUUGUGUGUGAAGAUAUUGCUGGGUUGUGUCCGUGUGCGGUGCAGUGUUCUAUUCAACUAGAAACGUUAAAAUGUCUAACUAUACACUUGGAUAUUGACUUGGUCUGUGUUUUCAUGCAAACAUGCUUGCAGUCAGUAUUUACUUUUUAAAAAUUAGUUGAGCACAAAAGACUUUAAAGGGUCAUGAAACCCUAAAACAGUUUUUGAGAUGUUAACAGAUAUGUUCUGGUUGCACACCAAUGAAAACAACAAUUGCACUCAUUAUGGGAAAAAGAGUUGCUUUUCUUUUUUGGAGCCAUUUCGUUCUUUAAAAAGCAAAGUUGAGUCAUGAAAUUAACCUAAACAAUUUUUGAGUCAUUCCUUUUUCCAAGUAUUUUAAUAAAAUAAAACUUAGUGACAUAAAUGUGAAUAUAGGCUACCGACAUUUUACACUUGGCACAUAGGUUAUAUUAUUGGUAUUUAAAUAGGUUCACUUAACAGGUGAGUUUAAUUCAGAUUUAGUUAAAGAUGUCUAUUUAGUGUUUUUAACUCUUGGUCUUGUUCUUGUAGAUCAGCUCUACCACUAUUUUCAUCUUGGAAAAUUUUACCUGAAAUUUUACGUGAUUUGCCGACAACAAACAAUGCACAUGUGUUUAAUGUUCAAAAUGCACUUACCUACCAGGAUUGCAAUAUGUAUGUCGGUCAA